CGUCUCAAAGCUCCUCCGCUUCGGCGCUUCUCUUCUCUUCUCUUGUCCUGCCCCGAACGUCUCUCUCUCUCUCCCUCUCCCUCUCCCUCUCCCUCUCCGUCCACGCCUUCUCCGUGUCUCUGCUCCGAUCUUGAUGAAGACGCUUGCGAACGCAAGAGGCGCAAGGGUUGGCGAAACCCUCACUCCGUCUUCCCAGAAGCAGCGCCCGCCUCGGAUCCCCAAGGAGAAUGUCGAUCCCAACGCCACUACACCGGAAUCAUCCCCUUUCCGGUCUCCGUCCACCUCCGGAAAGCCUCUAUCCACCAGGAAUCGGAGCCCACUCCCUCCCAAACCGCCGAUCCCAGCGGCUCACAGUGGCAACCCGCUCAAACGGAAGCUGACCUUGGAAACCCUCGCUGAGAGCAGUGGGCCUCCUUCCAUGCCGUCAGAUUCCGGUGUUCAGGUGGUUGUGCGAAUGCGCCCUCCAAGCAAGGAAGAAGAAUACGGAGAUCUGAUCGUAGAAAAGAUCUCCUCAAACUCCGUCUCAAUUCUUGACCACACAUUCACCUUUGAUUCAGUAGCUGAUACCAGUUCCACACAGGAAGACAUAUACCAUCUCGUUGGAGUUCCACUUGUUGAGAACUGCUUGGCUGGGUUCAACAGUUCCAUAUUCGCAUAUGGACAGACUGGUAGUGGAAAGACAUAUACGAUGUGGGGACCUCCAAGUGCUUUGUCUGAAGAUUCUUCAUCUAGCAGUGAACGAGGUUUGACUCCACGUGUCUUUGAGCGACUCUUUUCUCGCAUAGAUGAAGAGCAAUCUAAACAUUCAGACGAGCAGCUGAGUUACCAAUGCCGCUGUUCCUUUCUGGAGAUUUACAAUGAGCAAAUUACUGACCUCUUGGAUUCAACACAAAAGACCCUUCAGAUUAGGGAAGAUGUCAGAACUGGCAUUUAUGUUGAUUAUUUGACAGAGGAAUAUGUAUAUACCAUGAAGGAUGUUAUCUGUCUACUGGCAAAGGGAUUAGGAAACAAAAGGAUUGGUUCAACCAGUGUAAACGUGGAUAGUUCCCGUUCUCAUUGUGUCUUCACUUGCAUCAUGGAAUCACAGUCUAAGAACAUGAGCGAUGGUUUAAUCAGCCUAAAGACUAGUAGGAUCAACCUUGUUGAUCUAGCAGGAUCUGAAAGACAAAAGCAAACAGGUGCAGCAGGCGAUCGCCUGAAGGAGGCAGGGAAUAUAAAUCGCUCCCUUUCACAGCUCGGAAACUUAAUUAAUAUUCUUGCAGAAAUUUCACAAUCUGGAAAGCAAAGGCAUAUUCCCUAUCGUGAUUCUAAAUUGACAUUUUUGUUGCAAGAAUCACUUGGUGGUAAUGCCAAAUUAGCAAUGAUUUGUGCUAUUUCACCAUCACAGAGCUGCAAAAGCGAAACUUUCAGUACGCUGAGGUUUGCACAACGAGCAAAAGCGAUAAAAAAUAAGGCAGUUGUAAAUGAAAUAACACAGGAUGACGUGAAUGUCUUGCGUGAGCAGAUACGCCAAUUAAAGGGUGAACUUCUCCGCAUGAAAUCUAAUGGAUCUACAGGAACAACUGGAAGUUUUUCAUCAGCAUGGAAUGCUAGGCGUAGCUUGAAUCUUUUGAAAAUGAGCCUUAAUCACUCAAACACACUGCCCAUUUUGAAAGAUGACACUGAUGUAGAGAUGGAGAUUGAUGAAAGAGAUGUUGAGAUGCUAUGUACUGGAGGUAUACAUUUAGAUGUUCAAGCUAAAGAGCCUACCAGGCUUUCUACCUCACAAGAGGAACUUCAUGAGCUUUGUCAAGCACCGAUGGAUGAUGAAAUUCUAUUACCAGUUUCUAAUGCACAAAAAGGAAACAAUGUAUUAGAAGAGAAAGAACCUGUUAUUUGUUCAGAAGAAACUCACAAACCUUCUAGCACUAUGGAUCUGGUUAGCACACCCUGCAGCAUUGGGAUUGUUCCCUGUCAGACAUCUUCAGUUCUUAUAAUACCCACUUUAAGCACAUCACCAGUCACUGAAAAUUACAGUAGAAAGAGUCUUAGAACAUCAUCAUCUACAUCAGCAUCUCAUAAAAUUUUGCAUGAUGAUAUCUCUGGAGCACCAAAUGUAUCCAUUGCUUACAAUUCAUAUCCUUUAAGCUCUUCUUGCAGUCGAGCAAGCAAGAAUGAGAACCUUGCUGCAAGUCUGCAACGUGGUCUUCAAAUUAUUGAUAACCAGCAGCGUAGUUCAGCAGUGAGAAGAUCAACAUUCAGGUUUUCUAUUUCCCUUGCUGAUGGCAAGCCAAUUGUCCCAAUAAACAAGGCUGAUGUUGGCAUACAAACACUUGCUGAUGAUUCAGAACUGACUGAGUUAGCUACAUAUGUAUGUAAUUCUUGCAAGAAAGUAGCCUCAAUCGAUGAGUGUAACGAUCCCAAUAAUGACACAAAGCUGCAACUGGUACCAGUUGAUGGAUCAGUACUGACUAACAAACUUAAUUCAAAAAUUCCCAGGGCAGUGAAGAAAGUUUUGGCUGGGUCUAUCAGGCGAGAAAUGGCUCUUGAAGAACACUGUUCGAAGCAAGCUGCUGAAAUUAUGCAACUAAACCGUUUGUUACAACAAUACAAGCAUGAACGAGAAUGCAAUGCCAUAAUUGCUGAAACACGUGAGGAUAAAAUUUCUCGUCUUGAAAGUCUUAUGGAUGGUAUUUUGCCAACAGAGGAGUAUAUGGGAGAAGAAUUUGUUUCUCUCAAGAAUGAACAUAAGCUUCUAAAUGAGCAAUUUGAUAAUCAUCCGGAAAUUCUACGCCUGACUAUUGAGUUGAAAAGGAUCCAAGAAGAUCUAGAUAGCUAUAGAAAUUUUUUUGACAUGGGUGAGAGGGAUGUCUUGAUUGAAGAAAUACAGGACUUGAGGAAUCAAUUGCAAUAUUACUUGGAUUCUUCAAAUCCAGCUAGAAAACAGGAUUUUUUGCUUCUAGCUGCUCAUUCCUGUGAACCCAAUUCGAGUCCUAUCUGUACAAUAUCGGAAUCAGGUGAAGAAAAUAACAGAGGAAAAUUAGAAGCCGACGAGUGUAAUUGGACUAAAAGGGAGAGUGAAUGGAUCAUACUUUGUGAAGAUCUUAAACAUGAACUCGAAGCAAAUCGAUCUCUUGCCGAAAGGAGGAAGGUUGAACUUGAUUCAGAGAAGAAAUGCACAGAGGAGCUGAAGGAGGCACUUCAGACAGCAAUGCAAGGUCAUGCUCGUAUUCUGGAACAAUAUGCAGAUCUCCAGGAGAACCAUAUCGCUUUACUUGCUAGGCACAGAAAGAUCAUGGAUGGCAUUGAAGAUGUCAAAAAGGCAGCUGCUAGAGCAGGGGUAAAAGGACCAGAAUCAAAGUUCAUCAACUCCCUUGCUGCUGAGAUUUCUGCUCUAAGAGCUGAUAGAGACAAAGAACGACGAUACUGGAGGGAUGAGAACAAGUGUCUUAAGGCUCAACUUAGAGAUACAGCUGAAGCUGUACAGGCUGCUGGAGAAUUGCUUGUGUGCCUGAAGGAAACUGAAGAAGCUGCUAAAAUUGCUGAGAAAAGGGCUGGUUUGGCUGAGCUGGAGACUGAGAAGGCUUACGAGGAAAUCACUAACUUGAAGAAAAACUACGAUAGGCAGAUUGUGUUGCUAAACCAACUUCUUACAGAUUCACGUUUGCCUAAAGAAGCUUUGGCAUUUCCUGUGCUUAAUGAAUCCAAAUUGACGAGAAAUGAUGCCGGUGGGAGUCUCACUGACCAGCGAUGGCGAGAGGAAUUUGAACCUGUCUUCGAGAGAGAUGCCACCGCCUUCUCUAAGGAUACAAAUCCGACUUCAUGGUACUCCGACUAUGACCGGUGCAACAUCUGAAAACAGUGGUGGUUUUUAAGGCUGUAGCCGAGGAGAACAUAUGUUGUAAAACUUCACAUGUGGAUUGAUUGAUCUCCAACUCAUUGUUGUGGGAACUGCCUUGUAUUCUGUGAAAUUACCUAGCCGAGUAAUUCCUAAUUGUAAUUCAUCAUAUGCGAUGUGUCAAUACACGAUAAUAAAUAUUGAGCAGAGUUUUGUGUAUCCUUCAA